AUGACGACGCGGAGAUGGGACGGCUGUGGAAAUGACUUGCGAAGAAAGAGGAAUCCAGAAGGACUGGACAUCUCAGAAUUGCUUCCAACUGGAUUUUCUGAUAGCACAUCUGAUCGCGGAAUUGUAUGUCUUGGUUGGGCACCACAACCUGAAAUUCUUGCACAUCCUGCCAUCGGAGGGUGUCUCCUUCAUUCUGGAUGGGGUUCUAUCAUUGAAUCGCUCUCUUACGGGCACCCUCAGAAACUCAUGCCUAUGGUAGCUGACCAAGGUCUUAAUGCCAAGCUUUUAUUCGAGAAAGGAAAUGGCUUUCAGGUGCAAAGCAAUGAAGAUGGCGCACACAACCAAGACUCAAUUGCCAUGUCCCUGAGAUUCGUGAUAGCAGAUCAAGAAGGACAGCAUUUACGGUUUCGGGCAGCUGAAAUGCAAACAAUUUUUGCUAACCAGGAUCUACAUGAUAACUAUACAGAGGAGUUUGUUGAGUUUAUUUUCAACCAUAAGAAAAGGCAAGAUUUGAGUUUUCAUGGAAAGGCUAGCUGGGGGAAAACAUCUGUAUAA